CGUUUCUUAUACUACUCAUUCGUUAAAAGACCGUACGUGCAUUUGGCGUCUGGGUUGGAGACGCCAAGACAUCGGAUGCAGUUUCUGUGCACUGUGAACCCCGGUUGAUUCUCGCCUAUUGAUUGUAUCAUAGUAACAGCGUACUGGAUAUCCUUUUUCUACUCAAUUUUUCGAGAAAUUCAGUGAAGAAACGAAAGUAGCAAGGGAAACUAAAAUACAAGUAAAAAAUGACUCCGGAAGGGUAUACGCGCGUUUAUGUCGGCGGAUUAAACGAAAGCAUUAAAAAGGAAGAUCUCCAGACAGAAUUUGAAAAGUAUGGCAAGCUAAACAAAGUAUGGGUUGCUUUCAACCCACCAGGUUUUGCAUUUAUCGAAUUUCUAAAUAUGAAUGAAGCAGAACUUGCUUGCAGCAAUAUGAAUGGUGCAGAGAUUAUGGGUGCUAAAUUAAGGGUGGAAAUUUCACGGGGUAGAGGUCGUGGUGGAGGCAGGGGUGGUAUGGGAGGAUUCAGAGGAAGUCGAGGUGGUGCUGCUAGGGGAUAUGGUUCUGCUGCCUCCAUUGCAUUCAAUUACAGAGGAAAUAAUAUGUAUGCAGAUUAUGGAGGUUAUUAUGCAGGCAAGGGUGGUGGAAGUAGGAGUAGAGACUACUAUGGAGAAGAUUAUAUGACCAAUCGUACCAGUGGGUAUGUUACACGAGAUGGAUAUACACAAGAUGUUUAUAAUAGCGGAGAUCCCAAUGCUGAUUAUUAUACCAACAAAGGCACUGGCACAUCAAGGUACCGAAGCCGUUCCCCAGCUGGUCGUGGCAGUCAUCGUCAUCUUCGUGAAUGCACAUAAAAGAUCUACACUGCAUUGCCAAUCUGAACUGCGGGCCAAUCAGCCGCCCACCCUGAUGACUACAUUUCUAUCCAAUCUACGCA